GUUUCGAGCCUAACGGUGCAGUUCUGCAGAAACGGUUCCUCUUGGUUAAUAGUUGCGUCUGCAAACUAGAGUAGUGCGCUUUUUGUUUGUUUGUGCAAUGGGAUCGAUUUUGUGGAUAGCCGUGGUGUGGUUUGCCAGUUGUGUUCAUUUCGGUGUAUGCACUGCAUCAAGUAAGGGUCUCUCCGGUGACAAAAUUGUGGGCGGUGUGAACGCCGAUCCGCACGAAUUCCCUUACCAAAUAUCACUCCAGUGGAACCUGGGCCCAAACGUCACCCGACGGCCGAUUCAUUUCUGUGGUGGAUCGAUACUGAAUCGGAACUGGGUCAUUACGGCAGCCCACUGCCGGGUACGGUUCACCAAGCACGGUUGGAUCGAGGUGGUCGCGGGAGAGCACGAUACCACCCGGGACGAGGAAGGAGAGCAGAGGAGACGAGCGAGGAAAUUCAUCAUUCAUCGGGCGUUCUGCGGUGGAGUUUGUCCGUACGAUAUCGGGUUGAUCCAGGUUGAUGAGUCGUUUCAGCUGGGUAAAAAUAUAUCAGCGAUUGCUCUGCCGAAACCGUUUGAGAAGUUUACCGGAGAUUGUGUAGCUUCCGGGUGGGGAUCCACUUCCACUACCGAUAGACCAAUGUAUCCGGAAAAACUAAGAAAAGCCAUUCUUCCGAUAGUGGACUUCCCGACGUGUUACCGAUACUGGAUCAAUGACGGCAAUCCGGAUGCUGUUUCCAACAUUUGUGCCGGACCACAAGAUGGGUCACGAAGUGUUUGCUCGGGGGAUUCCGGUGGACCGCUAAUGAAGUACGACGGAAAACGUGGCAAGCCGAUACUCGUGGGCGUGGCUUCCUGGGGCACUAUACCGUGCGGAAUUGAAGAAAAGCCAGCGGUGUUCACCGCUGUUGCAAAUUUCAUCGAUUGGAUCAAGGCAAACAUGCUGUAACUCGGCGUUACUUUAUUAUUAAUUGAAACCAUUCGAUGGUAUAACGAAUAAAUUUAAAAUAGGUACUCCA